AUGGACAUCCUCAAUCGAUCUGAGCUGCGUGGGCUGCUGGUAUGGUUCGUGUCGCUGCUCGUCAUGCAGUUCGUUGUCAUGCUGCCCGAGGGGACCUCUCUGGUGCUGCCGAUCGGCCUCGUGCUGGUUGUCAUUCUUGCCAAUCUGGCGCAUUAUAUUCUGCUGGCCGCGCAGAUAUGUCGGUAUGGCCUGCUGCAAGUCGGCUACAGAUACACGGCCCUCACCGACCGCGAAAAGGCUAUCGGUAGGCAACGGAAGAGCAUCCAAUCAGCACGCUCGAUUCCAUCUGGCUGCUUGUGUCCCCUCAGCCCGCGUGAUGUCCGGUCGUGUCACGGGCCCUCUUUUGUCGUGGCUCAUCAACAAAGAGGAGGAGAAACGGCGCAUCUCACCGAAGGUCUUCUAUGACUGGUCCAGUGCUGCCCUCUCUGCCGACGGUCCCCCCGCUGCAUCAGGGGUUUGCCAUCCGUCUUUCGGGUGGCCAGUACAUCGUGCGGUGACAGCCAUGCAGCUGACGUCAGCCGCCAUGCAGGACGCCACCGAGAGACUCAAACUCACACACGUCCCCAGCGACUUGUAAGCAUACCAACACGCGCCGCGAUGUCUUCUGCUGUCUGUGUGUAUGUGUGUGUUUGGUGGUUUGGCCAGCCAUGAGUUUCUGUGGAGCCACGCCUUCCUGGUGCACGGCCUGCGGCAGAAGCGAGUGGAGAUGCGCAGCCGUCGACGAGGCCAUGUGGUCGUCCAUCUGCCCAGACCCGACGACCGCACAGUGACGGUGAGGCGAAGGACAGAACACCCCCCGUCUGUACGGUCGAUCGGCCUCUGUGUGUCCCCAGGGUCUGCGGCACAUGCGGACGAGCGACCUCUCCAACGUAUUUCGCAUUCAACGCUCUAGCGACGGUCGGUUUACUGCAUGGAUCAUGAUACGUAGUCCACUGAUUUGUGUGAUAAGUUAUCACGGGAUGGUGAUGUGUGCAGUAUCGACCCAAUCGGACGCCGGCAAGACGUCCACUGAUGAACCAAGCGACCAGCCGGAGCCCUCAGACGUUUCUGCGGGCAUCACGUUGCACGACCUGCAGGUCGGUUGACACACACACGACACACUCAACGUGUGAGUCGUCGUCGUAUGACCCUUUGGCCUGCUGCAGGCCAACCUGUGCUAUGUGGUGGACGAGCUCGUCACGAGAGAGCAGAUGCAUCAGGCGGCCCUCAGCCGGACGGUCGACAGCAGCGAUAUCGAGAACGCCGACACCGAGGCACUGACAGACCACCGGCAGCAUACUGGCGGCUGGCGUGGGCUCUAUGAGGCGUUCCGCAAGGCCAAACGGACGCUCAUCGAGGCGGGCAGCCAACCGGUCAGAGAGAGACGCUUAGUCGUCGUCUGCGUGUGUACUUAUACCCACCUGUGUCAUUUGUCCCACUGUCUGCAGGAUGCGAUUGCGGAGGUGCUCGCGAGCCUCCCGCCCACCGUGGUGGAGACGCCAUGUGACGAUGCAGCAGAGGACGUGCUGAUGAGCAGGGCGUCGUCGCCUGUCAGUUCGACCCGAUCGCCGCUGCAGAGCGAUUUCCACACCGCCGCCCUGACACCCCCCUGCCAUCUCAUCCGUGUCGAUUGGCAUCGGCUGAGCAGUGAUGAGAAGGACAGCGUGGACGUGUCAACGUCAGCAGAGGCCGGCUACGAUGAGUGCAGUGGCCUGCCUCUCCCACUGGGUGCAGCCGACACUAACGGCUUGUGGUGAUCCAUAUGGCAGAAGCGUCGUAGUCGACGAGUGUUUUCGAAUGUAGCAGCUGUAUCGUAGGUAUCAGGUCGUCUUGUGUGCUUUGGGUGAUACGGGGCAAUGAAUACACUCGAUCUGUGAGCGAGCGGUACACGCGUCCCUGUACUUGGAGGCCGAACUGCAGUGCCACCUAGCUGAUUCCAUUGCAUCGUAUGCAUCGUUGCCACUGGGUCAUAUUUCCUCUGUCACCGUACGGCCACACGACGCGUAAUCCACGCGUCGGUGUGCCUGGUGGCUGCAUACACAGGCAGAGUAGGAUCGGAUGUAGUGUACCCUGUAUGUCCUUUCAUACGUAUUAUGCGCAUGGCUGAGGCACCACCCGACUCAUCGACCACACGCACGUAUUUGUCACGCCGUCAUUGUCCCUCCGUUUUUGGGGUUGCACUGCGUGUCCGUGGUUUACACGACGUAUAAGGGGUAUCUUGUUCACAUCGUGUGCAGUGUACAUCCAUUCGAAUGUUCGUCUCGCGCUCAAGCGGAGCGUAUGUGAGCACCGGUUCCGUGCGUCAUGACUGUGAGUGUGUGUGUGUGUGGCUUCAAUCAUUGAAGACCCCGGCUGAGUGAACGAGCUGACAAUAUACACAAUUCAAC